AUGGGCAAGUCAUAUAUGAGACAUGGCCCAACACAGGCCUUCGGGAUCAUCUGCUCGCCCACUGCCAACUCCAGCUUCGACGGCCGAUUAGCAUACGUUCCUGCUUGGGAGGAUGUGCUCGUAUGGGACGUCAAGACCGGCGAGAUGCUCUCCAUGUGGCAUUCCCCGUCACAUACCGCCUCCGUAACCGGUAUCCUCCCCGCACCCACACCCGCCACAUCCACAUCCAACACCCCUCGUACCUUCGCCGUAUCGUACAAUGACGGCUCUAUCCGCUUAUGGAACUUCUCCACCUCCGAUCCGGCGAGCACAAACGAGGCUGUCACCUUUAACGGGCACAAAAAGUCCGUCACGACCCUCUCGUGGGACCAGGAUGGUGCCCGUCUCGCUAGUGGCGGAACGGAGGGGGAGAUUGUCGUAUGGGAUCGGGUAGCCGAGGUGGGGCUAUUUAGGCUCAAGGGGCACCGAGGACCCGUGACGAGCUUGCACUACAUCCCGCACCCGACGAUGAGUGUCAGCUCGCAUCCCGGAUAUUUGCUCUCAACGAGCAAGGACACGUAUAUGAAGCUGUGGGAUCUGGGGACGCAGCACUGCGUGCAGACGGUGGUUGUUGGACGAGGGGAGGUGCUCGGAUGCGCGAUCAAGGAGGAAAAAGAGGAUGUGGAGGCUGACGGAGAGGGAGGGGACGAUGUGCGUGGGCGAUGGGUCGUGGUCACUGGGAGUGGAGAUGGUGAGGGGAAGGUAUGGACGAUAGGGAAGGCGGAAUUAGCCAAGGGAUUGGCUGAGAAUGCUAACGGAGAGCUCCCCAAGCUCAUCUCACCACUAGCCACCCUCCCGCUCCCACCAACCACCUCUCCCAUCUCGCAAAUCGGCUUCCACCCAAAUCAGCCUCUCAUCCUCCUCCAGACAUCCGACCGAACCGUUGUCGCCCUUCGUCUUAGGUCCGCCGAGGAAGUCCAGGCAAAACAGGCACGGCGGAAGAAGCGGGACAAGGAGAAGAAGGAGAAGCGGAAGGAUAAUGCUGUCGAGGUGGAUAUGGAGGGGAGCAAUGGGGCUGCUGGGAAUGGGGAAGUCAAGUGGGAAGAGAGGGUGGCGGUCUUGUGCACUGUGAGGGCCAAUGCGAAGAUCAGGAGCUUUGCGCUAUCGGAUACGGAUUCCGGAACAGCCAAGAACGGUAUACCACUCCUCCUAGCGCUUAACAACAACGCUAUCGAGACCUACCUCCUCCCGCCCCCGGUGUCCAAAAAGGCCAAAGCCACCAUCUCCACCGAAGGCCCUACCGAACCCAUCAAGACGCACUCGAUCGAGCUCCCGGGACAUCGUCAAGAUGUGCGCUGUAUUGCCAUCUCGGCGGAUGAUCAGGUCAUAGCCUCAGCGUCGAGCGGGACGUUGAAGAUUUGGAAUUCCAAGAGUACGGCGUGUAUCCGGACGAUGGAGUGUGGGUAUGCGAUCUGUUUGAGUUUCCUCCCGGGAGAUCGACAUGUUGUCGUUGGUACGAAAACAGGAGAGCUAGUACUGUUCGAUAUCGUCACUUCGUCCCAAUUGUCGUCCUACAAAGCCCACUCUGGCGCGAUCUGGUCCGUCCAUGUCAGACCGGACGGGCGGGGUCUCGUAUCCGGUUCGGCGGACAAAGACGUCAAGUUCUGGGACUUUGAGAUGAAGGAGGUGGAGAGCGAGGGGGACCGGGUAGUAGAUCGAUUAGGAAGGGAGACUGUGUUCAAGACGAAGCAACUCACUCUGGUACAUACCCGGACACUCAAGAUGACGGACGACGUCCUCUCGGUCAAGUACUCGCCUGAUGGGCGGUUAUUGGCGGUUGCGCUGCUCGACUCAACGGUCAAGAUCUUCUUCCAGGAUACUUUGAAGUUCUUCCUAUCGCUGUAUGGUCAUAAGCUUCCCGUUCUCUCGCUCGACAUUUCGCAUGACUCUCGCCUAAUCAUUACCUCUUCAGCCGACAAGAAUAUCAAGAUCUGGGGUCUCGACUUUGGAGAUUGCCACCGCUCGAUAUUCGCACACGACGAGAGUGUCAUGCAGGUUGCGUUUGAAAAGGGCAGCCAUCUGUUCUGGAGUGUAGGGAAGGACCGAACGGUCAAGUACUGGGAUGCCGACAAGUUUGAGCUCAUCCAGAAACUCGACGGCCAUCACGGUGAGAUCUGGGCACUGGCCACCUCGCACAAAUCCGACUAUAUCGUCACUGGCUCGCACGACAAGUCUAUCCGGAUCUGGGAAAAGACGGAAGAGCCCCUUUUCCUCGAUGAAGAGCGCGAGCGGGAGCUCGAGGCUUUAUACGAUACCAACGCCGCUGCGGAUGCGAAUCGAUCCGGAGACCCCGCCGACCCCGAUGCGGAGGGGGACGAGGUCGAGGCGGUACAUAAGACGACGACCGAGACGUUGAUGGCUGGGGAGAAGAUCCUGGAGGCUGUUGAAUUGGCGGAUGAGGAGAGGGAGACGGUGAGGCAGUGGGAGGAGGAUAAGGCCAAGUUACCACUGGAGCAGGCGGAACAUCUGCCCAAGCCACCAAGACAUCCGGAGUUGGUCGCGAGGGGAGAUAUUGAGCCGGAGGAGCAUGUGCUCAAGACGCUGAAGGGGGUGCCGAGUGCGCAGAUGGAGGAUGCGCUCUUGGUGUUGCCAUUCAAGGCGGUGUGUAGUCUGCUGGUCUAUCUUGACGGGUGGGCACGAGCGGACCGCGAAACGAUCCUAACCACCCGAACCCUCUCUUUCCUCCUCCGCACCUCCUCCUCCCAGCUCAUCGCGAACCGUAUCCUCCGCACCCAGCUCCUCGACCUCCGUACCCACCUGCGCGACUCGCUCACUCGCCAACGCGACAUGAUUGGCUUCAACCUCGCCGCGCUGCGUUUUGUGAAGGGACGGUAUGAGGAUGGGAAGAUGGCGGGGGUGUUGGAUGAGCAGGAUGAGGAGAAGGUUAGAGAGAAGAUGGGUAAGGGGAGAGGGAAGCGGAAGAGGGUGGUCAUUGGUUAG